AUGGCUCGUGGAGAAGGAACCACGUCAACAAAGACCAAAAAGGGGAGCAUCGCUCCGAAGGCUCAAUCCUUGGAAAAGGAGGAAGCGCCUAAGGAAUCUGCCGAAAUCAAGGUUCCAGAAGCACCCAAACGCACCAGGGUGCCAGAUGCCAUCCAGAGGAAAUUGGCGGCCGAGAGACAGAAGGGCCCCCAGCCCAGCAGGUUGGCGCAGGAAUUGCGCAGUUACCAGGCCGAAAGGAAGAGGCAUUCGAUGGACGUAUAUGUCCAGAUCACAGGUCUGGACUCAGGGAAAAUGCGCGGAGUCAAGGCGCUGCUUGACAGCAGCUGCAGUACCUGCUGCAUCGAUACCGACUACGCGCGGGCGGAGAAGUUGGAUAUCCAAGAGCUUCCGCAACCCAUUGUGGCUCGUAAUGCCAACAACACCGAGAACAUCAGCGGUUGGAUCACGCACUACGGAAAGCUCGGAUCUUCAUUGGUCUUGAUUGGCUGA